AUGAUAUUAAAAAUCCACAAAAACAUAAUAACAUGUGUCGAAGAACUCUCUUUUUAAAGCGAAUUAGUGGCUUCUAGUUCCCUAGAUUGUACAAUUAAGAUUUGGAGUAUACAAAAUGGAACUUUAAUACGCGAAAUAGAAUGCAAAAGAGGAGUUUUGAAAAUUUCUAACCAGAAUUAGACAUUAAUUUCUUGUGGAUUUAGUCACUAUGUGAACAUUUGGAAUCCAGAAAUUAGUGGCAAAAUUCCUUUAUUAGGAAAACUAAGGGGACAUAAUAAUUUAGUAAUUUUUUGUUCUUUUUUAGGGAAUACAUUUAACGGAAUUUCAUUAGAUUAGGAUAAUAAUAUUAAAAUAUGGAACAUAAAAAAAAUGUAAUUAAUUUAAAAUAUAGAUAAUUUAUAAAAAAUAGACAUUAAAAGUAUAUUUUAUUACUAAAAAUAAGAUAGAAUAUUUAUUGGAGGAAAAAAAUUAAUAUUUCUAGAAAGAAAAAUAAUUAAAAAAAAUAAUAAUAUGGAAUAUAUAUAUCCAAUAGAUAUAGAUUUUAAUGUUUAUUUUAAUACUAUUUUAAUACUUACAA